AAAUAGCUAUUACAUAAUUAUUGCAGUAUUUCUUUGCUUGGCGGUUAAUGGGUUUGGUUAGGCUAGCCCACGGUACAGUUCUCUGUGUACCGUGGGCCUUAGUCAAGUUAGCUGCAAGUUAGCAAGAAACUAGUUCCGUCAAAAUUCACGAGAGGUCGUCAUAACGCGACGCGAAUAUAACAUAACACAUAACCUAUAAAGUUGUUUUCAUUUCGGACAAAAACAAACAAAGUUCUUGGUUCUCGUUUGGUUUUAAAAAUUGCAAUAUAAUAUAUAUUAUUAUAUUAACAGUAUUAAUCAAGAUUCUUUAAAAUGAGUAGAAGAAAAAAUACGCCAAAAAAGCACGAAGCCGACAGAAUUCAAUAUUUAGAUUACAUUCCAGUAAUUAAGAAGCGUCGAAGUGUAGUUUCUAGUAAUACAGAGAAGUUUAUCAAGAUAAAUCUUUCUACAGAUUUGUGCAGACAAUGGUAUUUAGGAGAAAUAUUAAUUGGCUCUACAAACAACACAUUUCCGGACAAUUUCAAAUCAGUGAAAAUGUCUUUCAGGUUGAAAGAAGAGUCUCCUCCUGAGACUGAGGAGGAGGAUCAGUUUGACAAUAUUAUUAUAUUAUGUGAUUCAGUUUCUGUAAUUGUAACAGAUUAUACCAAUAAUGCAAGCUUUAUUAAAGACGUAAUGAGUUUGGCAAAAACAUUGUCAUUUGAUUUUUCGUGUAGAGAUGGCAAUUUGUACAUGAGAAUAUAUUUUACUCAACUACCACUGCCAAAGUUUUACCCAAAGCUAGGAAACUGUCUGAAAGAUCUUUUUAUACAGCUUUUUGGACAAAUUUGUUCCAAUAUAUAUGAAAAUUUUGAAAAUACUUCCAAAAAAUUCCACUGCAAGUCAGAGAUUCAGAAAUUGUAUGAUAAAUUAACAGAAAAAAGGAAGACUGAUAAAUUUAAUUAUAAUAUUGAAGAAAAUGUGCAGCAUCACAAUUUAAAACCCCAGUUGAGGCCUUAUCAACAAGAGUCAGUGAAAUGGAUGUUAUAUCGAGAAAGAAUGGAGGACAGUAAAACAGAUUUCUUGCACCCACUUUAUAUCCCAAUCAAAUUACAAUCAGACAUCGAGAUCUAUUUUGACAAAUACACAGGAUUUAUAUGUAAUGAAAAGCCAAUAACUACUCUCUCUACUAAAAUUGGUAUCCUGGCUGAUGAAAUGGGCCUGGGAAAGACUGUAGAGGUUCUAGCAUGUAUUUUACUCAAUCCUAAAGUUGAAUCAGAAGAAAUUAAAAAUGAUCAUUCUAGAAAACGUAAAAGCUCUGAUGAUGAAUCGGAAGGUCCCAUCAUAGAAAUUCCAAAAAAGAAAUCUAAGAAGUUAAAGGGACCUAAGGAACCACUGUAUGUUGAAGAACCAAGCGAGGUACAGGCAAUAAAACCAAGGGAGGUACAGGCAACAAAAUUAAAGGAGGUAAAAGUCAAGAAAGGGAAAAGCCAAACAUUCAUAGCAUUGAACAUGUGGUACAACAACAUUUUGGCAGAAACCAGUACCAUAAAUUCCAAACGAUUUGAAGAUGUUGAUCGAAUAUCUGUUCAGUGUGUUUGUGGAAGUACUUCAGAGAGAACAGCUAUUGGAUGCUCAAGUUGUAAUAUAUAUCAACACCCCAAAUGCUUGGGGUACACAAAAUCUUUAGGGGAGUACUUUUGUCCACAAUGUUGGAUCAACCAGCCACUUGUUGAGUCCAAGGCUACUCUAAUAGUAACUCCUAUAGCUUUGAAAACUCAGUGGUGUAACGAAAUUGCCAAACACAUUAAAGGAAACUUGAGAGUUCUGCAGUAUCAAGGACAUAGUAUUAACUCUGUUUACCCCACUGAGUUGAAAGAGUAUGACAUUGUUUUAACUACAUACAGUGUGCUCCAGCACGAACUAAAGCUAACUCAUACUGAAGAGGCCAAGAAUUUAAGACAGGGAAAAAAGUACUUUAAACCUGGUUGUCCAUUGACAAGGAUCAAAUGGUGGAGGCUUUGCCUGGAUGAAGCGCAAACUGUCGACACUCCUGACCGUCUGGUGUCUGUGAUGGCUAGGAAGAUUGAAGCUGUUCAUCGCUGGGCGGUGACUGGAACGCCCAUUUCAAAGAACAUAUCAGAUUUAUACGGUUUAAUAGAUUACUUACAAAUAUCUCCCUAUAAGGAUCUUACUACAUGGCAGAAGAUCUUAUACCAACCGUAUUUAGUGGGCAACGAAGAACCACUGUUAAAUUUUUUAUCAACGAUCCUGUGGAGAACGUCCAAAAAAGAUGUAGCGGAUCAAGUCGACAUACCGAAACAAACCCACUUGCACCACACGCUGGACUUCUGUGCCGUGGAAAAGUAUUUUUACAAGAGGGAACACGAAAUCAGAGGCCGCUUUUUCGCGGAAAGAUGUAAUCGCUACGAUCCUGCUAUAUGUCUCGAUACUUUGGACAAGCAGGCUUUAAAAAAGAUAUUAGAACCAGUAUUAACGUUGAGACAGAUUUGCGUUACUAUGACAACGCCUAAAGGUACUUUCUUAGCGUCAAGAAAAGAAGUGAAGUCAAUGAAAGAUCUGCUGGAUGCUCUAAUUUUGACCAGCACCAACGAUACAGAAGACUGUUUGAGGCUAGUUAUUUCGGCAUAUAACGGUAUAGCCGGUAUCCAUUUGCUCCUUCAAAAUCCACAAGAAGCUAUAAAUACGUACAGAGAAGUGUUACAGCUGGUCGCUAAAUUUUCCGAGGAAAAUAGUAAAAUAAGACUUACCGUGGAUAAACCACAAGUUAUCCACACGUUGUAUAAUCUCGCAGAAGUGCUUGAUAUUUAUCCACCGGAGCAUCCUACCUUGCGGGACACCAGUUUGCGGAAUGAUUGCGAGGAAGUGGAGACGAAAUAUUUGGAGAAAUUCAUCUCUGAGUCGCACGCGGCGUUCGUGAAUUUUCAGUCGCUUACGUUGGAUAUGGAAAAGUUGCAAAACCGUUUUUUGCUGAAAGAUGGCCAGUGGUAUUCAGAUGGUUUAGAGUGGAUAGUUCUGAAUGGUUUUUCUAAAGAAUUGCACGCCAAAAUAAGUACAGCAUGCAGUUCAGUGGGCAUUCUAAAUGAAGACAGAGACGUCAAUGACGGGACUCUUCUUCAACUCCUAUACAAUUGGGACAAUACUCUGUCGAUGUUGAGGGAGGAAUUGUUCAGCGCCGUUACCAAUCUCUACGAGUACAAUCCGGACAGCAUUCAUAAAAUUGUCAUUGAGAGGUCUUUGGUGACCAAGGCAAUGAACUGUCAUUUGCGACCGCAGAAAAAACGAGAAAAAUCGACGAAGAAGUGUCCGGUUUGUGUCUCUAAUAAUUGUUUGAAGAGGUAUGAGUUAAAAUUGUUUAAUAUGACACAAAGGACGGAGACGUUCGAAGAGAUGUCGUUGAAAGGUGACUGGAAGCCGACGUACCCAGAAAUCGUCAUGCAAUCAUUACACAACAUCCUAAAACUACAAAAUGCAAAUCAAGAAUUCAUUAAAGAUGGCGGGACACAAAUUAAUAUGAUUAACACCAUGAAAAAGGAGUUUAAGGAACUGCGAAAGUUCUGGACAUACUUAGAUCAACAGAUUUGCGCUAUGGAUGAAUUGGACAUCUGCAAAGUGCGGUUGCAGCUCAAGCCUGAGGAAGAAGAAAAAGAAAGAAGUAACAAUAUUUUAAAAAAUUUAACGUAUGAAUUACAGAAUAAACAUGAAACCAUACAUUUACUCAGUGUUCAUGAGCUUGAUUAUCAGUUGAUGUUACUACAAAACGAUGUUAGUGAUAAUACAAGAAAGUUAGAGAAGCUUUUGGGUACUCAGAGUUACUUAGAGACCCUAAGGAAGCAACAGUAUGAAGGCCAGAGUCCAGAUCCUUGUCCUAUUUGCCACAAUCAACUGGAAAGACAUUGGAGUAUCUUAUCCUGUGGUCAUUGCUACUGUUUGGAGUGUAUACAUGUGAUUUUAGAACAGGUUUCAGAAGACUGUAUAACCUGUUCUGUAUGCAGAAAUAGGCAGUUUUACCACGAAGUCUCAUACAUUAAUGCCGGAGAAACAGUUAAAAACAACUCUGUACAAAUAAAGGGUAGUUACUCCACGAAGAUAGCACAAAUAGUUAAAGUGUUAAUGGAAUUGAAGAAAGAAGACAAGGACGCCAAAGUGUUGCUUUUUUCGUCAUGGAAAAAGGUUUUGGAUGCUGUAAAGCAAGCUCUAGAUAAGAACGACAUUUCAUGUGAAUUGGCACUGUCUAAUAACUUAGACGUCAAAAUUACAAGCUUUAAGGAUCCUGCGAAAGAUAUAAUGGUCCUCCUCUUACCAGUGGCGUUGGGAUCGAAAGGUCUAAAUCUAAUUGAAGCUAACCACGUCAUGUUCGCCGAACCUUUGUUGAAUCCUGCGGACGAACUGCAAGCCAUUGGUAGAAUUGACCGAAUAGGACAAAAAAGAAACACCUUCAUACACAAGUUCCUGAUGAAAAACACCAUAGAGGAAAAUAUACAUCAGGCGACAACUUCAAACGCUCAAAACUGGGAGAAAAAUGCUGUGACUAUUCAACGAAUGCUGGAUUUGUUUAAGGUGCCGGAAUUGGCUGAUCGUCCUGAAGGAGAGACUUAACAGAUGAGAAAGAAAGAAGAGGUGAUUAACGAGUUUUUCUUCCAAGAGAUUCUUAGAUGAAAACGAAUGUCCAAUAAAUUCCAUUUUACAUUAAGUUCAAGGAAGACCUGAACCUAUCAGUCUUAUCCGUUCUGUUUUCCUUGCUGAUUGCCCCUUUUAGCUGCACUUGUUUGUUUUUAUGACCUGUAUUUUAUGUAGGAAUAUUUUUUUGAUUUGCUGAAGGUUGAAGAUAUCGCUAAAACAUUCUGGAAGAUUCUUUCAAAUUUGUGCACCUUCGUUUACCAUUCCAAAGAAAUACGACGCUCUUAAAUUGUGCGGCUUGACCAUCAAUAUGAAGUUUUAAUAAGUGAAGAUAUAGGUAUAUCCACCUGUUAGUUUUUACCACGUAUUUUGAAGAAAAUAAAACGAAACAAAAUAAAAAUGUUUCCUUUGUU